AUGGAGAGAUCGGUGGAUCUCUAUCAUACCAUCUACAAUGAAAGGAAAGAUCGGAUCCUCAAGAGGUCAGCAGACAUGCAGAGACACGAGACUUUACUGGUCCAUCGCAUCAAACAAUCCUCCACGAGAACCUCUCCCACCAAAACCGAUCCGACCGCAAGCUUUGCUGUGAUGCAGCCCACGUGCAAGGGAGAGCAAGCGGAGAUCAAGCUGCUGCGAGAGAGGCUGGAGCUGGCAAGAGUGCGAGCCGACGUGGAACGGAGAGUGCGGCUCAAUGCUGAGUCGAUCACGAAGCAGGUGCUGGCAGAGCAGUCAGGCUCGUACGUCUUGACAAGCUCAUGGCCCAGGGCUCGUUCAUCGAGAGCCGAUGAAAGGCAAGAACCUGGGAGACAAGAGCAUGCGACUGCGAUGACAGGAGGUCACGGCAUCUCCUCCCGUCGAGUGUCGAGGUUUCUCUACUAUCAGCGGCUCAAGCAAGCGAAGCUGGAGGCGAUUGCGAUCCUCAAGCAAACUUGUGCUAUCUCAUCUCGUUCCAAGCUCGCGGCUUCGCGCUUGUGCUGCCGGCUGCAGCACAGGCGCACGUUCAACACGUUUGAUUGCUGGGCGGAAGCUGCGAUGAAGACCACGGAGGUGAUAGAGUCGAGGGCAAAAGCUCGAGCAGCUCGAGCAAGACAGCAAGCAUUCGCCGCAUGGGUCCGUGAGUGCGGCCUGACGACUGACCCGCAAGCUCUGGAGGCAUCAUCCUACAAGCGUCUGAUCAGUCUCGUUCUCGUCGACCAUGUUGCUGCUUCUCCUCUGCGGCUGUCAAUGACGUUCUCGGCCUGGAAGGGACUGACAAACUUUCAAUCAGUGACGCCGCUCAUGCUCAAGCUGCUGCGAGAGCGAUCGAAGAGGCAAGCUGGGAGGAUGCUGGACAUUCUCACUGCUUCGUCUCCGUCACCUCGCCCGCCUCUAUCGCCUGCUACGAUCGCGGCGCGUCACUCGGAUGUUGCGUGCUGCUGUUGGGACAUGGGCAGACAGGAGGGGGAGGGGGAGGAGAAGUGCCCUGGUACUGCUGGAGGAGUCGCUGAGCUGUCGACCUGUUCUAUCGUGCUGGAGAGCAUGGAGCAAGAGGAGAAAGCAAGUAUAUUGCCUCUUGUCCUUUUGCUCGCAACCUUCAGGAGCUGGGACGAGAGGCGACAAGCGACCGGCCGGCUAGAAACCGUCGCCCUCAAGUCACAGGCCGCAGAGAGGAGCGACUGGAGCAAGAGAUGGUAUCGGUCGCUCCUCCGGACUGUUGAGAUCGUUGAGAGAGUUUCGCCACUUUGGUCUCUUCGUCGAGUUUUGCGGUCCUGGAAGGUGUCGACGACUGCUGCUCGUUAUGGAGCAGCCAGGUGGGGCAAGAGGCUGGCAGGAAGGAGCAGGUUGGUGCUCGAGUCCUGGUGUCAGCUGGUGAAGCAGAAGAGCUGGAGGAGCCGGAAGGCGCAGAAUCAGUCGGGCAAGUCCAGCAGGAGGCUGGCGGCGCGAGUCUUUCGCUCGCUCAAGUCCUUGACACGGAAAGGGACAGUUUGCCGCGAAAGGCUCGACCGCUAUCAACUCAAGUCGCGGAGUCAACUGUUGGGCUCUUCCUUGUACCUCCUGCACUUGAGCUGCCAGCUGACGCAACGAAAGAAGACGAUGGUGAGGGCGAUGGCAAGAGAGGGGAGGAAGAGAGAGCUGAGGAGGAGGUGGAAUCAGUGCUGUGCCUGGAUGGUCCUAGUAACUCACCGACGACGAGCAAGCGCACGUCUUCAACAGGCGCUGCAUUCCCUCACCUUGCAGCGCAUCUGGAUCAGAUGGCGGGAGGAGAGCAGCGGUCAGCAUCUCCUCCUCAGGCUGAAGCCCCUCCUCCGCGCAAUGCUUCUCCCUCCCGUCCCUCUUGUCUUUCGCGCAUGGACCAACCUGAGGAGGGCAGAGGAGAGCAGCAAACUCUCGCUAAAGAGAAAUGUUUUCAAGGCGAUGAAGUCGAGGACCCAAGUGAGGAGGAUCGCUCUUGACGCCUCCCUUGCUGCCCUCCAGCAGUUCUUUCUCUGCAUGGGUCGCAGCUACUCGCUCGCCCUCUCGCGCGUCUGGUGGCAUCAUGUGAAGUCUGCGUGCUUGAGGAGGCAGAAGGUGAAGGAGAGCAGGACGAAACGGGAGAAGAAGACCCAGAAAGUAUGCUGGCGGGGAUGGAAACAAACAUCAUCGUCGAUUAGAUCGACUCGAUUGGAAGCAAUUGACCGGCUGGGAGAGAAGAGGAGGAGCAGGACGAGGAGAUGGUGUGUAAAAUGCUGGAGGCGGCACAUGGCGGAUGUGAAGGAGACGCUGAGACUGGUUGCGAGACUAGAGUUCAGUGCCAAGAGACGAAGAGACGUGGGAACGAGGAGGAGAUUCUUCGAGCUCUGGAAGGUCUGGCUGCUUGCUCCACACCUCUUCGACCAGUCGCCCGACGUGGAGGAGGAGCAGAACGGGGAAAGUAGUACCUUGCAUGCGAGCUCUCUCAUUCCUGUGCAGACGUCUCCUGUUAUCCUCCCAUCAGGUCAUGGUUUCCAUAGCCUCCUCCUCCUCACCCUUGUUCUUGCAGCUUGCAAGGAUCGUUACAUCAAGACCUUCUCUCCCCUCCUUCAAAACCUCGUCGACCCCAACUUUGACUUCUCUCGCUCACCCGCGUCGCUGCCCUAUCAGCACGACAGAGGCUGUCUGCCUGAAACUCCCUCGGGACCUCAGCUCCUCGCAUGGAGCCAUGCAGGGGCGGGAGCCUUACAGGCCUGGGCGAACCGGCGGAGGAGCAGCAGCUACUUUACUGAGUGGAAACACUUCAAGUCCCAGACGAGGAGGGUGGAGGAAGCGGCCCUGCAGGAGCGAGUGCAAGGACAAAACAUCCGGGCCCUUACAACCUGUAGCAUCGGCAAGGGCGGAGGAAGAGGUGGAGGUGCCGGCAGGUGUGGACGCGAGGGCCAACCAGCCGCUACGGGUGGUCACAAUUAG